AUGGGUAGGAGGCUCCAAGACUUCUUCUUCGGAGUCGUCUACGUCUCGGUCAUCCUCUACACUGAACACAUUGUCAAGGGCAUACUGUCUAGCGAUCAAAUUUGGCCUUUUGGCGGUGGCUCUUUUGAUGAUGACUCUACUCCGAGAAAGGCCAACAGACACCUCCUCUUCAUUUCUUUCAAGCUACCUGUUUCACCAACCAUGAUCAACGUAAUUCGCAGGCGCACCAUUGCCUUCAGGGAGAUCUGUCUUAAACCUGACGGGAAGCCGUAUAUCCUCUCAGGAAGAAUAGCUCAUGGCUUCGUCAUCGAGUUUACGAACCCCUCCGACUGUUGGUACUUCCUGCAUAUGGACCAGGCCUACAAGAACUUCGUCGAAUCCAUUGAUCCCACCGUUGACGAUUUCCUCACCGUGGCAUUCUCGCCUGGUUUGGGCCCGGGCUGGCUUAGGCUUCAGUACUAG